AUGCAGCAAAGAAUUUUACCAGCCACACAGCAGAUAGCUCAAAUAGAAGACAGGAUACAGUAUAUUGGAGGGUUAUUGCUUGAUAAUGUAAAAGCAUCACAAAUCCUUCGAUCAAAUUUCACAACUUUGAUGCACGAUAACAAGAAGUUACGUGAUGAUUUAAAUACUGAAAUUAUUGACGAAGUCGAAAGUCUUAGAGGAAAGCUGAAUGAGUUAUCAAAUGAUCAGUAUCAAGUAUUCAACGAAAUUGAUGAAGAAAUCCACUACUUAAAAAAUGAGAAAAGGAAAAUUGCUGAUGGAAUCAUGCUACUAGAUCGACAAAUCGAAUCAAAUGAAAACAUUUUUGGGUCUAGCUGUCCAACACCUGAUUUAGAAGGACAAUGGUAG